AUGGGGAUCGGACUGGACAAGCUCCGCUCCAGCAAGUCGCCGUUCCACGGCGUUGCACCGGGGAAGCGAAUCCAACCCAUCGGCCAGAUCGACCUGCCCGCCUGCUUCAGCACGGCGGCCAACUUUCGCAAGGAAGUGCUCACCUUCGAGGCGGUGGGGUUCCGAGGAGCCUACCACGCCAUCCUUGGGCGUCCCUGUUGCGCCAAGUUCAUGUGCGACAUCGAGUGCAUCGAGCACGCCGAGGCUCUGGUGCUCGAUGAAGCCCUCGCCGCGCAGCUGCAAGGAAUGGCUGAGGAGGCCAUGAACUCUAAGCAGCGGCAAGCGGGCAACUUCGAGUCCGCCGAGGGUACCAAGGAUGUCCCCCUUGACCCAAAGAUCACGAACGGCAAGACGCUGAAGAUCAGCGCUACCCUCGACAGCAAAUAA